GAAAAGGUGUGUCAAUAAUUUGCUACAGCAACGUUUGUAGUGUCCUCAGUUGUAAGUGGUAAAAUAAUGCCCUUGUUUCAACUGAUUCGCGGCUCACCUCGAGGAUGGCGUGUAAACGCGUGGUUGUUGUUUUGUUUUUGCGUGGCGGUGUGUGAGUUUUUUAGUCCGGCAGUUUCGGGUCACACGCUUUACAGGCUGUCCCGAAGCGAGAGGAAUGGGCCCGAAAAUCAUGAGAUGUUAGGAUUUCAGAAAAUGCUCAGGCAGUUUAAGAGUCUGUUAAAGACAGUUGAUGCUUUCGCCUUGGGUGAGGUUGCCGCUGGUGAGCGGAGCCAAACACAGGAAUCCUCCAAUCAGACAAUGUGGAGAGCAGAGGACCCCGCCCUCCAGGACCAGCAGGCGGUGGAUCUGCUUGUAAUAAUGAAGAAGUUUAAAGACUCAAUGCAGAAAGGGUCUUGGUCUGGCCAGUAUGGAAAGGAUGCGAGGAACACUCUGGAGAUGAAUAUCCUGACAGACCCCUCCUACUCCCAGUCCAUUCUGCAAGUCAACCUAGUGCUGGGCCUCUUUUUCUUCCUCUUCAUCAUCAUCGUGUUGCUGUACGACGCGGUGUGCAUCUCCAAAGAGGCACGCAGGAGAUUAGCCGCCAUCGCUGCCCUGCGAAGUAAAAAGAACCGCGCAAAGCAUAACCAACCAGAUCCUGCGUUUUUUUCAAUGCUUGCUACAUCUUUUGUCCCUAAUGUGGGAGAGACACCCGUGUCAAAGGCGCCAUCUAGUGGUGAGGCUGCACCAGUGACUGCAACAAGUUUUAGGGAUAUUUCAGAAUUGGAGCCCCUAGAAAGUAUUCCGGAGAAAGCGGCUCUUGACCAGCACUUGACCCUGCCAGGUUACCCAAUCCAUUUUACCAUGGGAAAGGGCAUUGCUAAACACUUCCAGAAGCGCCAGGGCUCCAAAAACUCUGUCUCCUUUCCAGGGCUGUCUGAUGCCCCUGUGGAGAUCCUGCCAGGGUUCAGCCCCUCUGCUCUCCAGUCCAGCGAGCUGGAGAGCAUGGCACACUCCCUGGUGAAGAAGGCUCUCAGCACCUCAGCUGUGAUCAUGCAGGACGAGGAACCAGAGUCACCAUGCUAGUGCCCACACACACUGUAACAAACACUCGCUGUUACACACAAUCGCAUACACACACACACACACACACAGUCACUGUUAC